CGAGACUAGGGGACGUCGCUCUGACGAUCUUUGCCGACUUUUCCCGAAGUGUGCCGCCGCCGGUGGAGCAGCUCGCCCCUAUAAACAGGCUCCUCUGAAUGCAGUUUUCCACCCGCUCUUUGUCCGCGACCGGCCGACUGACGACGCGUUUCCCUUUCAGGAUAAUGUCGGACACACACAUGUCUUAUUUAAUUAUUCUGUGUAAUGUCGGCAGGCAGAAACUUGGACUAAACGAUAACGUUAAAAACCAGAGACGGUAGGAGAGAGAGAGAGAGAGAGAGAGAGGGAGUCUGUAAGCAUCCCCGGCGGGCAUCAUCUCAAAGUGGCGGAGGGUUAUAGCUGCUGUGCUCGGGACUAACACGGGUCCAGUGUCCUUGCUUGUGUCACACAGGCAGCAGCAGUACAACACUUGGUCCGGGGACAGACAUGUCUUCUCACACAGCAGACAAAGCAGACUGGCAUCGAGGCGCAGAGGAGAUACGGUGAAUGCGGUGAAACUACUCUCCUACUCUGUCUCCACGCAAUGUUUUGGAUGUUUGACAACGGGCAGUAGGACUCACAUUUAACAACAUUUUUAAAGCGGAGCGUUCCCGCGUCUCCUCCCCUCUGCCUGUGGACCAACCAUCACGAUCAGCCUCCCCCAACCUCCUCUUUUAACCCCCCGCCCUGAAAGAUGACAUCCCCGGACUCUCCCCCGCUGGUCUCCCCUUCCCCGUGCCCCGCUCCCCCUCCGUCCCUCCCCUCUUCCCCUGUUCCCUCCUCUCCGGCCCCUUCCUCCUCUUCCUUACCUGCCCCGCCUUCGCUGCCUCCCACGGGGGAGGUGAUGGUGCUGGCUCUGGGCAGGAAGAAGCAGAGGGUGCUGAUCGCUCUCACCAUCCUGCCCAACCUCUUCCUGGCCUUCCUGCUUUCUUCAGACCCCCUCAUCACCCUCUCUCCGCCCCACCACUGCCACCUGCCGGGGCCAUUGCCCUCGCCUGAGGUGCUGAACGCCUCUCUGCCCUGGGAGAAGGGGGGAAGGCCCGGGGACAGCGGGGGCCUGUCCCAGUGUAAGCAGUUUGUCAACAGCAGCACGUCAGCUGUGGUGGACUGCGAGGCCGGCUGGGACUACAAUGUGACGGAAGGACUGAGGAACAACAUCGUAACAGAGUGGGAUCUGGUGUGCGGUCAGUACUGGUUGGUCCCUGUGGAGGAGGUGUGUUUCAUUCUGGGCAUCCUGACUGGCUGUCUCGGCCUUGGCUAUGCUGCUGACAGGCUGGGCAGGUCCAAGACUCUGCUGACCUCGCUGACUCUGUCGGUGGUGUUCGGGGUGCUGGUGUGUGUCUCUCCGUACCCCUCCAUCUUCAUCGUCAUGCGUUUCUGUCUGGCGGCAGCUAGUGCGGGAGUCUACCUCACUCUGUACAUCACUCGUCUGGAGCUGUGUGAACCAUCUCUGAGGCUGGUGGGGACCAUGCUGGCCGGGCUGAUGACUGUAGCCGGAGAGCUGCUGCUGCUGGCCAUUGCACUGGGCUGCCAGUCCUGGAGGGGCCUGUUGGGAGCCGGCGCUGCCCCGUUAACACUCUUCCUCAGUUACGGCAUUCCUGGGGUUUUUCCAGAGUCUCCUCGCUGGCUCCUCCUGUCAGAGAGAUCUGCAGACAUGAACUCCUUCAGUGAGAGAAGAAACUCCAACAGAGAUGUGAGGGACGACGAGAGCUUUACAGAGCUGGAUUCAGAGCCCGCACCCUCUUCACGCCCCCACCUGUCCUUCCCCGAGCUCUUCCACAGCAGGAACAUCUGGAAGAACAUGUGUGUGCUCGGCUUCACCUCAUUCAUCUCUCACGGCAUUAGUCACUGUUAUAGCUCUUUCCGAGGUGACGUCAGAGGCACAGCCCCGAGCUUCUAUUGGACGUACCUGCUGUCUGUGUGUGCAGGGGGUGGCGCCUGGCUGUUGCUCUGGGCGACUGUAGACAGGUGCGGUCGCCGUGGCAUUCUGCUCCUCUCCAUGACGAUGACGGGGCUCGCCUCUUUGAUCCUCCUGGGACUCAUGGAGUAUCUCAGUGAGACGGCCAUCACAGUUUUCUCAGUGCUGGGUCUCUUCUCCUCCCAGGCCACCGCCUCCCUCUGCAUCCUGUUCACUGCAGAGAUCAUGCCCACCAUCAUCAGGGGCAGUGGUGUGGGCAUAGUGCUUGCCCUGGGCUGUGUGGGCCGCCUCAGCUCCCCACUCAUGGACCUGAGGAACCACUACGGUUACUUCCUGCACCACGUGGUCUACUCCUCUCUGGCCCUGCUGGCCGUGCUGUCCAUCCUGCUGCUGCCCGAGAGCAAGAGGAAGCCACUUCCCCAGACGCUGGCUGACGGGGAGCAGUACAGACGCCCCCCGCUGGGCAGGAGGAGGAGGGACAAUGUGCCGCUGCUGGCCACGCCCAACCCAGAGACCUAAGGGACCCUUUGAAAUAAGUGGGCUGGUCUGUGCUCAGAUCAUUCACUUUGCAGCCAGAACAUUUACAUCUAUCAUGUCCAUGCAGAGGAGGAGAAAGACAGAGCAAUAUAGAGAACUGACACUCUCCAAGCUUCGUAACAUAUCAUCCUCUAGUCAUUCCAAACGCAGGCGGUUGGGUUGAGUUGGCAUUUUUUUCUCUAUCAUUCUGUUUCCUGCCAUUCAGAUGCGUGUGCAUAUCUGACACACAACGUUCACACACACACACACACACGUAGGGAAGUCUUCAUCUUCCAUCUCUUCCUGACCAGACGGCGGGUCAUCCCCCACCACGUGACACACCAGCAUACACUGCUGCACGCGGCCCUCCAGUGUGUCUGUCGUAGAGAUGUUAGCUGCUUACUACUGACACGCCAGACCAGAUGUGGCGUCGCAGAGUAAUCUUUAUUAUUCCUAGCAUUGUCUUAACCUGCGUAGACCUUUUUUUUUUUUUUUUUUGUCGUGUUUGCUGUGUACAACAACACAAUAAGUGCUCGGAGGUUUGCAAAAUCAGUUUUGUAUACUUCCCCCAUGACACUUGUGGUAAAACUCUUCCCAUCUGGCAGUCCAAACAGGGAUCGCCACAGUUUUGGGACAUAACAUUGUAAGACUUGAUGGAGUUGUGGGUGUUAAAUGCCUUGUAAAUACUUGAUUAGUUUCUUUAACUUCUUGGGGCAUCUGAGUUUUGUUAAAGCAGACCCUAUGGCUGGAAACUGUAGAGUACAGUACGCUAUGCAGUGGAGAAGCGGUGCAGAGCACUUUGAAACAUUCUUUUUGAAGAUGUCUUCAAAUUUAAGGGACAGUUUUAUGAACAUAAAUCAUCUACUGUCAAUACUGGGAUCAGAGGCUAAAGACAACACAAAAAGAGGCCCUCAAACAGAAAGGCGUUCAUGUUCAAACUGUCUAAAUCCGGUUACUGAAUCUGGCCUGGAGCCAGCAAUAUUUAUGUCUUAUUUAUGUUGUUAUUAAGCAUAAUCAGUAAAUUAUCCAGAGGCCUAGUAUUUUUAAAUAUGAAGCUAAAUAUUGUUAAAUUGGUUUGGCAUGGAAUAAACUUUCCAUUUUCUGAUGUCUCUGAUCAAAUAACAGUGAAGCUGUUAACUGUCACAACAUUCCUGCAUGUUUGGAAGCACUGAAGGGCUUGUUUUUUCUGUAUUUCCUCAGAAGCUUAUAGUUACUCAAUACCUCUCUAGAUGACCAGUUUCAGCUGUAAGAGAAUAGACGGGUACGAACAAACUACAGUAGAAGUUAUAUAACCAGGCACAUACUGUAUAAUUUUUUUGUUGUUGUCAGGACUUAAAUGUGGACGUGAAGAGGUCAUCUGUUAUUUUGCCUGAAUGUGUAUUGAUGCUGGAAAAAGGGCCCGAUGAUUAGGCCCCAUGAGGUUUGAAUGGGUGCUGAAGAGGGCCCCAGAGCUCCAAAUGAACCUCCGACUCCUCAAAUACGCACCAAGGAUAAAUUUUCUUUGAGUGUGUUGGGUGUUUCCAUGUUGCAAUUUGAAAUCGUAAGAGAAUUACCAAAGCAUGUCGGCUUCAGUGCUUGAAAAGCGUAUGUGCUCGAGUAAUUCUUAUUCUCAAAUGGUCAUUGGUGCGUAACGUAAAGAGGAGACGGGAGUUGUUUAAUUUGGACUCUGAUGUUGACGAGUCAUUAAAGAAAUUAAGAAGGACACUCACCUUUGACGCUGGUGGCUUCUUCCUCCAUCAGCCUUUGGUAGUUCUUUUCUCUGUAUGUUGCACUUAUACACUGAUGAUGAUUAUUAUUAUCACAAUGAUUAACUUGACUCGAGUAGUAUUAUGUCUGACAACACUGAUGAUCUGUUCAAUGAGUGUGAUGCCGUUAACUCUAUAGCUUGAUUUAAUGUCAAAUAAAACUGGUUAAAUAAAACAGACACGGGCAUUUUUUAAAGAG